CAUUUUUUCUGCAAUUUCCACAAAAAACGAAACCAGCUAGAAAAGCGCGUAAAAUGGGGCACUUGAUCGUCAAGAAGAUACUUGUACCCAACAACCCAAAUUGAGCAAAAAGUCAAACAAAACCGCUUCACAAAACACUAUAUAUACUCACACACUCCAAAACCCAGUUCAUAGAUCAGAAAAACCGUUCAACACUUUCACGGAAAAGAAAAGAAAAAAAUGAAGUUGCAAACCCUUAUCCUGUUGUCCCUAAGUUUGCUGAUUGGGAUCUCAGCAGAGCAAUGUGGGAGGCAAGCUGGUGGUGCCGUGUGCCCAGCUCGAACUCCAACCCCAAGUGGCGGUGGUGACAUCAACAGCCUCGUUAGCUCGUCUGUUUUCGACCAAAUGCUUAAGUAUCGAAACGAUGGGAGAUGCCCUAGUCAUGGGUUUUACAAGUAUGGUGCUUUCAUUGCUGCAGCUCGGUCUUUUAAUGGGUUUGGCACAACUGGAGAUGUUAAUACUCGCAAAAAGGAGCUUGCUGCUUUCUUGGCUCAAACCUCUCAUGAGACUACUGGAGGAUGGGCAAGUGCACCAGAUGGUCCUUAUGCAUGGGGAUAUUGCUUUGUCAAUGAAACAAACCAAGAUGUGUAUUGCACACCAUCCGGUCAAUAUCCAUGUGCUGCUGGCAAGAAAUACUAUGGCAGAGGACCCAUCCAACUUACCUACAACUACAACUAUGGUCAAGCGGGCAAGGCAAUCGGAAAUGAUCUGAUAAAAAACCCGGAUCUAGUGGCCACGGACCCGGUUGUAUCAUUCAAGACAGCUAUAUGGUUCUGGAUGACUCCACAGGGAAACAAGCCAUCAAGCCAUGAUGUCAUCACUGGUAGGUGGAGUCCAUCUAGUGCAGACAGAUCAGCGGGUCGGGUUCCCGGGUAUGGAGUGAUCACCAACAUCAUCAACGGAGGGCUUGAAUGCGGGAAGGGUCAGGAUGCUAGGGUUGCUAGUCGCAUCGGCUUCUACAGAAGGUACUGUGAGAUAUUGGGAGUGAGUCCGGGGGACAACUUGGAUUGUUACAAUCAAAGGCCUUUUGCCUAAAAAACUUACUUUGUUUAUAAAAUUACAGGUGGAAUCAUGUACGCCUUGCUUAUAAAGUUACAGUUGACGGUACCUUGCAAUUACCUUAAAAAAAUUUUUAUUUGAAUUCAACUAUCCUCUUUUCA